AUGAGAUUUGGCGUGCCCUAUGCUUCGCUCUUGCUUUCGCUGUUCACGGGAUCAGCCGUGGCAGAUGCCGACCCGACUUUGAAGGUCACGACCAUCGUCGGGAAGAACGGCGUCUCUUCCGUGGAGUGCUGGAGCCUUCCUGCUGUUGUCUCUGGUGGUGUUAAAAUAACAGAGCUUGCAGACCUUUCGAACGCGUCAUACGCAGUAUUUCCUGCAGGCGCUGCGAUAGACUCUGGGACGCACAACGCCCCGCACACGCAGCUGUUCAUCAUCCUCAAGGGCGGCGCUGUCAUUACGUUCCCCAAUAGCUCGGAUGUUCUUCACGUGCGGGAGGACGAGAUUUACAUCGCUGCCGACGCUGUUGGUACCUCUGACCUAGGACACCACACGGUGCUGGAGGGCGGCUCACAUGUGUUGCAGAUGCCUCUGGCGCCUGGUUUUCUUCCAGACCACACAGCGACUGAAGGGCGAUGCCCUUGA